CAUUUUGCAACACCUUUAAACUUCAGCCCAGACCCGAACAAGGUGAAUCCCCAGGCGGUCGAAAGCAUCUUAAGCCUCCUCCAUGCUGCGGCCCGGGAGCCCUCGGUCAAGAGAUUCGUCUACAACUCGUCCGUUGGCGCUGCGUAUUCACCUAAAGGCGGAGUUCCAGUCACUGUGAUGGAAGACUCCUGGAAUGAUGCUGCCUUGGAAAAGGCAUGGGUACCGCCGCCGUAUGAGCCGAAGCGAGCUCCCUACGUGUACGCGGCAAGCAAAGUAGAGACCGAGAGGGCCAUGUUUAAGUUUUUCGGGGACGAAAACCCUGGCUUUAGCGCUAAGUCUGUGAACCCAUUCUUGUCUAUUUUGACUUUCAUGAUGGCACCAAGAUCAAUAGAACUGACUACACAUUCUACAAGCAUGCCACGUCAAUGUCCAAGAUGUUGCAACUUUCAUGUCGCAGCUGCCUUGGACCCCAACAACAAGGGCGAGCGACUGCUUGCCUGGGCCGGGCUAUUCAACGUGAAUAUGGUGCUAGAUAUUCCGCGUCGCCGGCAUUCAGACCGAAAAUUCAUCGAUGAUCUCCCUCCCCAGAAACCGUGCCUGUCAAUUAUAGGUGAUGAGAGUCGCCUGUUCGGGGUUUUGAAGAAGUGGGGAGGGCGGGACAGUUGGAUUUCACUGGAACAGGGUCCGCGACGGGAUGAAUCUUGA